AUGCUUAAGAAGCCUCAUGUACUCUGCUGGGGUAGCUCCCAGCUACUAAAUUCGCAACGAGCUGGUUCAUUCUCUCGCUUCGGUCUCACCUCACCCGCCCAGAGCUAUGCCACCGCAUCGGACGCCGCGGGACCCCAAGAUUCCUGGCCCAAAUCCCACUCAUUCACCCCAUACGACGUCUUCAACAUCCCCCGAAACGCCACAUACUCCAAAACCCGCUACUACGACCUCGUAAAACUUUACCAUCCAGACCGUCCCAGCGCAGACAUCACUCCCGAAGUCCGCCUCCAGCGCUACAAGAUCGUAGUCGCCGCCCACGAGAUCCUUUCCGAUCCCAUAAAACGCGCAGCAUACGACAAGUUCGGUAUAGGCUGGAGUUACUCCGCCCGGCCAGACCCCACCGCUGGCCCUUACGGCCCCGACGUCAACAUCUACGGAAACGCAACGUGGGAGGACUGGGAGCGCUGGAAUAACCGGCACAAUGGGAAACAGCAGAAUAUGGUGGACCACCGCACAUUUACGCGGCUGAUGAUUUUGCUGGUGCUGUUCGGUGGUGCUUUGCAGGCGUCGUGGAUCGGUCAGUUGAAUACCGGGUAUGAGGAUCGUCUGAGGGAGGUCAGUGAAACUUCGAUGCGGUUUUUGAGUGGCCGGAGGCAGAGUACUAUUAGUCAGAUGCCGUCGAAUGAUGCCCGGGUCCAGAGCUUCUUGAUCCGCAGGGAUCCUACGGGGUCGGGGCUUAAAGAUGAUGAGCAGACUGUUUAUCAGAAGGAGCUUCAUCCUAAGCAAGGCAUUAACAAGCUCGCGAGCGACCGACCGAAUGGAUCCAAGUCACACACUGAACCUGAUCCCGCUUCUGACUCGAAUGAUGUCGAGUGA